CAAAGGCGGAGCGCACCAGCAAAAUCCAGAAAUCGCAGCGAAAAGCUGCGACCCCCACCAGGCGCCCGAGAAAAACGUCGAGUAUCUGCACUCCUCAACCAGUCCACGACGACGACCAGCAACAGACCCUCCGUCUCCGAUACCCUACCGGCAAACCGACAUAAUGGCUGAUCGUGGAACUUCUGGCCCCCGUGGCGGCGGCUUCGCUUCCCGUGGCGAUCGUGGUGGUGACCGCGGCCGUGGCCGUGGUGGACGUGGCCGUGGCCGUCGCGGCGGCAAGUCCGAGGAGAAGGAGUGGCAGCCCGUCACCAAGCUUGGCCGUCUCGUGAAGGCCGGCAAGAUCAAGAGCAUGGAGGAGAUCUACCUCCACUCUCUCCCCAUCAAGGAGUACCAGAUCGUCGACUUCUUCCUCCCCAAGCUCAAGGAUGAGGUCAUGAAGAUCAAGCCCGUCCAGAAGCAGACCCGUGCCGGUCAGCGUACCCGCUUCAAGGCCAUCGUCAUCAUCGGUGACUCCGAGGGCCACGUCGGUCUCGGUAUCAAGACCUCCAAGGAAGUCGCUACUGCUAUCCGCGCUGCCAUCAUCAUCGCCAAGCUCAGCGUCAUCCCCGUCCGUCGCGGUUACUGGGGCGCCAACCUCGGUCUCCCCCACUCCCUCCCCGUCAAGGAGUCUGGCAAGUGCGGUUCCGUCACCGUCCGCCUUAUCCCCGCUCCCCGUGGUACCUCCCUCGUUGCCUCCCCCGCCGUCAAGCGUCUUCUCCAGCUCGCCGGUAUCGAGGAUGCUUACACCUCCUCUUCCGGCUCUACCAAGACCCUUGAGAACACUCUCAAGGCUACUUUCGCCGCUGUUUCCAACACCUAUGGCUUCCUUACCCCCAACUUGUGGAAGGAGACCAAGUUGACCCGCUCUCCUCUUGAGGAGUUCGCCGACACCCUCCGUGAGGGCAAGCGUUACGCCAACUAAGCGACUGGUUGAAAGUUGUUUUCAGCUAGCGAGGAUGGAAGGAUUCUUUCGGGCGUCUGUGGUUAUUUGAUUGCAUGGGCUCCGGGAAUGGAAUAGAUGAAGGCUGUUGUCCCAAAUACCUAGUGCGAUCGGCCUGAGUCCCAAAAUUGAUGAAAUGACCAACAACGACAAAGCCCCCAUUCGAAUAGCGAAUCAACGUGAAUGUUAUGGAUGGUAGCGUUGUGGGACAAUGUGUUCCAUGCGGUCAAGGGUCGUCGCUGCUCAUACUACGGACAGCUGUUUAUUUGGUUUGCGAGCUUAACAUGCUGUAUGGUUCGCGGUUGCUAACAGCUCAGCAGACACGGUUCACACAGAAAUCACGUACAAGAGACCAAGCUUGGAGUGGUAGGUAGCCUUCCACUUAAGUUGCUUUCUAUACUGGAAAUGGCCUGUCCGAGAGGCAGCGCGGUAGGAAGGGACUCGUGACUUGACCUUGAGAUACCAUCUAGGUAGUCACUCGUGACUGUUCCUCGAGGGGUCGGUUGGUCUUGCCCCUUUCCCAUGAUGGCGGUUGUGCAGGAGUUGACUGGGAAAGAGCAAUCGCUUCUCCGGCUUGACAAAAGAGCAUCAUCUUUCUCAAUCCCCAAUUGAUGUUUUUUUUUCUACUCUUCUCCAUGUUCUCUUCCAUCACCAAUACUCUGCUAGGCCGAGCACCGUUCGUUUCCCUCUUUUUUUUUUUGGACCACGGGUU